AUGGCAAGUUACUUCCCACCCGGCGCGAAUUUCAGCCAUGCGUCCCCACGAGCUUUCUCUCCGGCAAACUCGCCGCUCUCCCCGCCGGCGCAGCGAUCCAAUGCGCUCUCCAACCGACUGACGAGUGUCCUUUCGGCUUCCUACGCGGAUUCGGAUAUACGCGAUGCGCUGGAGACGCUGAGUCUCAGAGGGGUUCAUAAUACGGCGGAGACACGGAGACAGUUACGGCUGGAUGUGCAGAAGGAGGUUGUUGAUUGCAAUGCCGAGGUUGUUAAAGAUUUUGGCAAGGUCGCGGAGCAAUUGAAACGAAUUGGAACGGUGAUUACGAGUUUGAACCAAACAUGCGACGAAAUGCGGAAACAUAUCGUCCUUGCGAAGCAGGAUACCGCCCCCGUGCUGGAUGAAGCAACGUCGUUGAUGAACCAGAAACAAGAGACGGAGACAAAGCAGGAGCUGCUCCACGCUUUCACGCAGCACUUUAUAAUCUCUGACGAGGACUUGCUAGCUCUGACGUCUGCCGAAGUGCCCAUCGAUGAUCAUUUCUUCGACGUGCUCGCCAGAGUAAAACAGGUACACCAUGACUGCGAGGUCUUGCUGGGAGGAGAGAACCAGAGACUGGGCUUAGAGAUCAUGGAGAAGAGCUCCCGGAACCUCAAUUCGGCGUAUCAGAAGCUCUACGUGUGGAUUCAGAAGGAGUUCCGGUCGUUGAAUCUUGAAGAUCCCCGGAUCAGCAGCUCGAUCCGACAAGCGCUACGGGUGCUGGCUGAGCGGCCUAGUUUGUUCCACAGCUGUUUGGACUUCUUCGCAGAGGCGCGAGACUACAUUCUGUCUGAAGCGUUUCACUACGCACUCAGUGAUGCUGUUUCUGGUGCUGGUGGUGAUCGCAGCGUGAAGCCUAUUGAAUUCUCGGCACAUGAUCCUAUGAGAUACGUUGGAGAUAUGCUGGCAUGGGUGCACUCGACUACAGUCUCGGAACGUGAAGCUUUGGAGGCGCUGUUUGUGGCCGACGGAGAGGAACUCGCAAAAGGCAUCCAAGCCGGCUUAAGCAGUGAACCAUGGUCUCGAAUCGACGAGGACGAAGAGACGGUUGCGUUCGAUGGCCGCAAAGCCCUCAGCGACCUCGUCAACCGCGACCUCACCGGAGUCUCUCGAUCCCUACGACAGCGUGUUGAGCUGGUCAUCCAAGGCCACGACGAUCCCGUCACUUGCUUCAAGGUCAUCAACCUACUGUCCUUCUACCGGACGACUUUCUCCAGACUAGUGGGCCAGCAUUCCAACCUGGUGGAAUUAAUGCAGACAUUGGAAAAGUCCACCUUCGGCCACUUCGAAACCCUCAUGCGCGAACAAACCACCACCCUCUCCAACGACCAUCCCGCCCUAACCCCCUCGCGAGACCUCUCCGCGCCACAAUUCCUCCUCGACGCCCUAGAAGGCCUAACCUCCCUCAUGAAAACCCACGAAGUCUCCUUCGCAGAUGACACAGAAACGUCCGGCGAAAACCAAUUCACCCCCGUCCUCCGCGUCGCCCUCGACCCAUUCGUCAAACUCGCUCAGUCCUCAGCAGAAGACCUCCAGGACGAAACCGCCGGCACCAUCUACAAGACAAACAUCCUCCUCACAACCCGCACAUCCAUCUCCGCCUACCCCUUCGCCAGCGCAACACACCUCCAGCCCCUCUCAACCUCCAUCUCAACAAUCCGCAUCGCCCUCCUCGAGAUCCAGCACCGCUACCUCCUAUCGUCCUCGGGCCUCCAAGUCCUCCUCGAAGCACUCGAACCCUACUCCCCAUCUACCUCCACUACCCAAACCAAAACCCACCAACGCCAACCAAGCACCAAUCUCGCUUCGAUAGUCACACUCCCGGCCUUCCAACCCAACUCCCUCAUCGCAACCAGCCAACAACUUGACGAUUUCCUGCCGUCGGCGCUCAUGGAUGCCACGGAGAACUUGAAGAGGGUGCAAAGCGCGGGAUUUGUGAAGAGGGUUACGGAGGAAGCUGUGGAGGCGUUUUGUCGGGACUUUGAGUUUGUUGAGGGGAUGAUUAUAGGGGCGGAUGAGGCGAGGGGUGUCUCGCUUGUGAGUGAGGGUGGUGAUUGGAGUGGGAGUGAGAAUGAAGGUGAAGGUGAGGAGGGUAAGGAGAAGUAUAGUUUGAGGGCGCUGUUCCCGAGGACUACGGGGGAGAUAAGGGUGUUGUUGAGCUAG